AUGGACUCCACAUCCACAUCACACAAUUAUCGAGCUUCACGCUCAUCCUUGGCUUGCUCGGCCUGCCGCUCGCGGCAUAUGAAAUGCGACGGGAAGCGACCUAAUUGCGAUCGCUGCUCUGAGGCAGGCAAGCAGUGCAGCUACCCUCAAUCACGACGCGGUGGGCUUGACCGCACAGCUUUGGCUGAGCGCCGCAAACGCCUGGAAGCGGCAACGGAUACUCGUCAAGUUAAUCAUCCGAGUUCGCGAGGAGCAACACUCCCGAAACCCCAGGCGCGUAUCGCUCCGCACCUUCAGGUCGAUUCUCGCCACGAGCCUAGUAUGCUUGGUAUCAUUACUGGUGGUGGGACAGCCAGCACCUUCGUGCGAGCAGAACACGCAGCUCACUCGAACAAUAUCUGGAACGACCCGCUAAUUGAUUCAUACUACAAAACCUUUCACAUAUGCCACCCCUUCAUCUUACCAAGAAAACACCUGACAAAGUUGUAUCAAGAUCAGAGCAGACAACAAAGCUUUGCACCGCUGAUUGCCGCUCUUCGCUUUCUUGGCAAUAUUUACAAGGCACGAGAAUGGUCGAUACCGUUAAAACAGCACCUCGAAACAUCCAUGUCACAAGCGGUUGCAUUAGAUCCAAUUCUAGUUCAAUGUCGACUCUUAUACUCCAUGGCCUUAUUCUGGUACGACUACAAGGAUGAUUCCAAAUUGCAGGUGACCAUGGCAAACAAGCUCGCUAUCGACCUACAAAUGUUCCAUCCCGGAUUUGCGGCGGCGCAAGGAGCCGACGAUCUUGUGCUGAGGGAAUCUUGGAGAAGAACAUGGUGGAUGCUGUAUAUCGUGGACACAUAUUAUGCCGGCACCUUGGGGACAAUGAACCUUCAGGUUGUAAACAUUGACACGACUAUGGAAUUACCGUGUGAUGAGUCGGACUACGAGUCAGGGAAAAUACCGCCCCCCAGAACUCUACAGGAAUUUAAUUGCCGCGAAUUUGGACCCGAGAACAUACACUUUUCAUCGUUCGCAUAUCUGGUUGGCGCCGUACAGUGCGCCGCAUCUGCCAUAUCUACAACCCCCAGAAUGAUCGCGGAAGAAGACUCGAUACAUAUAAUCCAAUCUGUGGACUGUAGCCUUGAUGGAUGGCGACUUUUGUUACCCUCACAUCGCAAACAAAUCAUGGACGUGACCGGUGAAGUCGACGAGCUCAUGUUCCAGGCUCAUUUGGUGAUUCAUGUGUCAACAAUCGCACUUCACCGUCCCUUGUCAGCCCUAAGAUUCAACGCAGUCGAGAAUGUAUCCAGCUGUGCCCGUGAGCCGCCCCUUGAUACGCCCACACCCGAGAUGGUUAACGUACACACCACCAGAGUGUUACGGGCUAUAGAGGCACAAAUCCGCCUCUUAGCCUUACCAGUUCGACAGUUUCACCACACACCCUUCACCACUUGCAUGGUGACCGAAGGGACAUUGGCGCUGCUUUCAGCCUGCAGUGCCAUCCUCAAGGGGAGUGAUCUCGCCAUUGCAAGAGAUCAGAUUCGGAUGACGCUUGGAUGUCUCAAGGUACUGGGAGAAGUGUGGCCGAGAACAGCGAGGAAUGUGCGCGAGAUACAAGUGAUUGCUCAAUGUGUACUGGGGCUUGAAUAUGUGGCGAAUAAUGGCAAUGCGUUUGGACCUAGUGAUGUCCCGUCUUUGGAUACAGAAGGGACAGAUUGGGGUUUGAAUACCAGCGAUAUACCGAACACCAACAUCGAUAUGAGUGCAAUCAUUGGGACUAUCGAUGAUCUGUGUGGUUGGUAUAAUCUUGAAAAUCCGGAUGAACUUCCGUGGGGAAUGAGUUAUGGACUAUAA